CAGUACGCUGCGCGCCGCCACCCGGGUCGCAUGUGUUGCGACGCCUACCGAGCUUUACACAAACUUGCUUCAUCGCAAGUUUAGACAUUUAAGUGCAUAAACCAACAAAUUUAUUUCAUGUGUUUUCGGUGUUUAUACUAACCGUGUUAAACGAGUGUUCGACUUGGCAACGCAAAUGCGGGUUUUGUAUAUUAGUGGGUGGAAAAAUAAACAGAACUCUCCGGGGCAGGUGCGGCGCCGGCCCGGCGUGCAGCUCAGCUCUGCUGAUGAUGAUACAAUAAUCUGUGAUGCUGACACAAACUGUGCUCUAUAGGAAACUACGUCCUAGAGGACGACGAAGGACGUUGUAGAUAAACUCGAAUAGUUAACACUAGUUUAUAAAAAUGCAAGUGCCUAAUUUUAUUGUAAUCCUGGGCAACCGCCGCAACUUAAUAUUUAGGGUCAGCAUAGUGAUCAACAUCGUCGUACUAUUUUACGUGGCGAUGCAUUAUUCUGGAAAUAGCGCCCCAGGGGCCGAGUGGAUGCCCAUCACGAGUGAUGGCUCCGAAAGAACUGCCGAAAUAAGGUACCUCAAGGAUGAGGAACGAGAAUUCACAGCAAACCUAUCGGACGCGAAUAUGCGAAAGCUAACAGAAUUCACUUCCCAGAAAUUAACCGUGACGACAAUGUCCACUGUAAAUAAGACUGCAUCCAGUACCGCAUCAGAUGUAGAGAAGAAUGUAAGUGCUGUGCCAUCCGAAGCUAAUAUACUGGAAGAAGUUGAUCCUUACGAUGAGAAUGUCCUAACUAACUCCACGUUGAUGGCACUUAAAGCUAUACUCGGUUGCAAAGACAGGGACUUCUAUCCUGAGACCUUGCAGCGGGGAGAGUAUUGGGUUCUGAAGAACUACGUGCGUGCUAACCAUGGACCGCUGCAGUGUCACGAAACCAUCACGACCACAACGCACGGCGGCUUCGAGUUCCUUGACAACCUGGUUCCACUAGUAGAACGAUGGAUGGCUCCAAUCAGUUUGGCGAUCCACGCACCUGGUUCUGACAUGCAGCCUUCAGUGAACAGCAUCAGGUAUCUCCGGGACUGUUCCGGCAACGACCUCGUCCAGCAAUACGUGACCUUCCACAUUUUCUUCUCUAACAAACACAUACCUGAUAAUAUUCCAAAUCCAGAUGAAUUCUUGAAGACACCGUACAACUGUUCACUGCCUGCUCCGUAUGCUGUCAAUUCUUCCACGACGUACAAGGAAAAGACGAAUCUCUUGUAUCCCGUCAAUGUCGGAAGAAACAUCGCAAGAGCUGCAGCUCUGACCCACUUCCUCCUGCCGUUGGACAUAGAACUGUACCCCAGCCCGUACCUGGUGCCUCAAUUCUUGAAUAUGAUCGCCAGAAACGAACCACCACUUAGCACUUCCAACAAGCCCAGAGUCUUCCCCUUAAGUUUAUUUGAGAUUGAUAAAAAUUAUAGUCCGCCUCAGACCAAAUUGGAACUGCAGGGAAUGUUGAAGAACAAAACGGCGAUACCGUUCCACAAGUACGUGUGCCCGACAUGUCAUAACAUACCACGUGGAAACGAGUGGAUGGCCAAACCCGAGACCCCAUUAAUGGAAGUGUUUUACGUGGGCAAGCGAGAAGGGAAGUUUAGUCACUGGGAACCUAUCUUCAUUGGUACACACUCAGACGCCUAUUAUGAUGAUCGAUUAAGUUGGGAAGGCAAGAAAGAUAAAAUGACACAGGCUUAUAUCUUUUGCGCCAAAGACUACGAGUUCAUGAUUUUGAGCAACGCGUUCCUCGUCCACAAGCCUGGCAUCAAAUAUUACAAGGCGAACCCGAAGAGAGACAAGUAUGCUUCACGGCAAGCAGCCUACGUCAACAACGUCAUCAAAAAAGAACUCAAAAAAAUCUUCGGCUCAAAACCCGGCUGCGUACUGUGACGACAAACAAGAAUCAAAGUUAUAUACUCGAACCUAAAACACCUCAGAGUUACAAAAUAGAAAUUUUCAGGCUAUUCAAAACGCUAGGCAUACUAAUUACGCUUACAGGGUUCAAUAAAUCCGCCUGAUUUUGAAAAAAAAAUGUUGAUAACGGAAUUGUGUCCUAGAUCAAACAUAUCACUAUGAUUAAAAACUAAAAAUGCAAAGUCGGUUAAGAUUAAUACGCACACUCCAGUGAAUUUUCAUUAGAGAGGUUAAGUACUAACUAAUUACUAAUACAGGCGUUAAAUAAUGCAUAGGAUACUAGACAUGAAAGAGGCCUUAAGCAGAUACUGUAAGGUCUUGUUUACGAAGACACGUCGUACAUCGCAGCACCGAACCGCGUCAUUGCUAGCACAAAUAAAAUCAUACAAGCAAUGUAUGACGAAUAUACACGAC